AUGCGCUCUUGUGCCGCUAGAAGGUGCGCUUUUCCCCAUCUUCCUCUCUGUAUUCGAUGUUCUUCAUCUUCCAUCAUUCUCUCUUCCCCUUUCCACUCACCCCAAGUUCUUUGCUCAUUCUCAAACCCGAGAUGUGAAUAGCUUUCACGACUCCAUAGCUUCAUUCAUUCGCUUCCUCCAUCAGCAUCCCCCACCUUCCAUACUCCAAAUUAAUAAGAUUUUAGGAUCACUUGCCAAGGCUCAGCAUCACCGCACUGCCAUCUCAUUGUUUGCACAAGCUGAGUUCAGAGGAUUCACACCCGAUUUAUUUACAAUCAACAUCUUGCUCAAUUGUUACUGCCAUUUGGAUGACAUGUAUUCUGCUUUCUCAAUAUUGGGAAAGAUUCACAAGAUGGGUCUUCAACCGGAUACUGUAACUUUAAAUACGCUGAUUAAAGGACUGUGCAUUGGGAACCAGGUUGGGGAAGCAUGGGACUUCUAUGACGAGCUAACGGCCAAAGGAUUUAAGCCUAAUGUAGUCAUAUACAGUACAAUCAUUGAUAGGCUUUGCAAAUAUGGACAUAUUGUUGAGGCCCAUGCAUUGUAUUCUGAAAUGAUUGAUCAAGGACUUUUACCGGAUAUUGUCACUUAUAGCUCUUUAAUCCACGGUCACUGCAGCAAGGGACAAUGGGAAGAAGCUAAUUGGUUUCUCCAUGAAAUGAUGCUGAAAGGCAUCGAGCCUAAUGUUUAUACAUUAAAUAUAUUGAUUGAUGUGUUCUGUAAAGAAGGAAAGAUCAUAGAAGCUGAAGUUAUUCUUGGCAGGAUGAUGAAAUGUGGCGAGAGACCUACUGUUGUAACUUACACUUCGUUAAUGGAUGGGUAUUGUUCAAUGGACAAUGUUAAGGAGUCAAAACAAGUAUUUAAUAAGAUGAUUCGUAGUGGGCUGGCACCUGAUGUAGUUAGUUUUAAUAUCUUGAUUGCCGGAUUAUGUAAGAUCAAAAUGGUUGAAGAAGCUAUGGUUCUGUUUAAAGAAAUGCGUCACAAAAACGUAGAUCCCAAUACCUGGGCUUACAACUCUCUUAUUCAUGGCAUGUGCAGAUUAGGAAAAAUGUCAUAUGUGCAGGACCUUGUUGAUGAUAUGCAUGAUAGUGGUGUUGCCCCAGAUGUAGUCACUUAUAACAUUUUGUUACAUGCAGUUUGCAAAAGCCAGCAUGUCGAACACGGGAUUGCAUUAUUUCAGCAAAUGGUUGCCUUGGGAGUUCAGCCUGAUUUGCACACACUUAACGUACUUAUUGAUGGUUUGUGUAAAGGUGAUAGAGUAAAUGAUGCUUGGGAGAUUUUUGAAUACCUUUUGAGCAAAGGCUAUCGUGUAAAUGUCUACACAUAUAGCAUUAUGAUCAAUGGCCUCUGUCGACAAGGGCUUUUUGAUGAAGCCAUGACUUUGCUUUCAAAAAUGAAAGAGAAGGAAUGCCUGCCUAACUCAAUGACAUAUAGAAUACUUCUUCGAGCUCUUUUGGGAAAAAGUGAGAAUGAUAGAGUAGAGAAUCUUCUUCAUGAAAUGAUUGAUAGUGGUCUUGUCAAACAAUAA